AACCGCUCAGGAACGGGCUCCAGGACCCAGGGCACCAGAGCGGCGCGCGGGCAGCAAGAACCACUUGAAAAGCUCCCGGGCCUGUGAGACUUCCCUGUCCACGUGCCGGCCCUGGGGCGGUGGCCUCUGGAGGGCGCAGGACCCAACGGUUGGUUCGGGCACAGCCCCACCCCGGACUUUACGACAGACAGACAGACGGUCCAGCUGCGCGCAGAGGGGGCGGGAGCGCAGAGCGCAGACUCCUGGCGGGAACGGGGCACAGGUGCCCGGAUUCCCCGGUGGCCUCGCGUCUGCAGAGCCUCGUGCUGGGCAUCGGCAGCCUCUGCGCGGCGGGAGGGGCCUCCUGGACGGCGCCCCGGACAGACUGCACGCCUUCGGGAGGGACAGGGUUUCUUCUAGGUAUGAAUGAACUGCGGACCGUCAUCACCUUAGGCCAGGAUGUGUACAAACAAUGUGAGAUGAUGCGGCACUGCGAGGGACAGUGCAAGCGUCUGAGGAGGCGCAUCCACGGCCUGCUGCAGCCUCUGAAAAAGCUCCAGGACCAGGGAGCGGGGCACCUGUCCCCGGAGAUCAUCGCUGCCCUGGGCAACUUCCAGACUGCCCUCAAGGAAGCUCAGAGGAAGAUAGAUAAGUUCAGCGAUAAGUCCAAUCUCCGUAAGUUCCUAACCUCGGGGAAGAACAAAGAACUCUUCACAGACGUGAACAGUCGGCUGAACGAUGUCUACCAGGAGCUCUCGCUGGCGCUCCAGGUGGACCAGUGGGUGUCUGUUUCCAGCACCAGCAAAGAAGCCUGGGAGCAGGAAGAUCAGCGGGAUGCAGAGGAAGACUGGCAGGUCUUCCAAACCGAAAGUGAAUUUGUCGAAGCUUCAGUGGAGCAAGUGAAAAAUGAAGUGGGAAAAAUCUUUAAGCACUACAUAGAGAAGUCAAGGAAGGCGAUCCUAACGUAUGAAGUCAAGGAGAUUAAUAAGAAGGAUAUUUCAGUUUUGAAAUCGCUAAAGAAAAACGAAUUCAGCGAAGUUUUUGAAGGAAAAUAUUUCGAAUCUACAGUGGCCAUAAAAGUAUUCAACAAUGUCCAGAGCAGACACCCUAACAUGGUGAGGCGUGUUUUCAAAAAUGAGGCCAUGACCAUGAAGAAAUUUGAUUCUCCUGACAUCCUGCAUAUAUAUGGGAUUUGCAUUGAUGAAACAGUGACCCCACCUCAAUUCUCCAUUGUCAUGGACUACUGUGAGCUCGGGACCCUGAGGGAACUGCUGGAUAAGAAAAAGGACCUCACAUUGGCUGACCGCAUCACCCUGGCCAGGGGGGCAGCCAAUGGCUUAUGCAGGCUGCACCAUUCUGAACCCCCUGAACUCCACAAAAACAUCAGCAGCAGGAGCUUCCUAGUAACUAAAGACUACCGAGUGAAGCUUUCAGGAUUUAAGUUGAGCGAAACACAGACUUCCAUCGGCAGAACAACUAAGAGAAAAAAAGAAGAGAGGGUCAAUUCCACAGCAUAUUUCUCACCUCAAACAAUGAAAAAUCCGUAUAUUAAAAAAGAUAUAAAAGCUGAAAUAUACAGCUUUGGAAUUGUCCUCUGGGAAAUCAUCACUGGGAAGAUCCCGUUUGAAGGCUAUGAUUCUAAAAAGAUCUGCCAGCUGGUGGUUAAGGAUCAGUACCAGGAGCCACUGGGUGAAGAUUGCCCUCCACAGUUGCGGGAGAUCAUUGAUAGUUGCCGGGCUUACGAGCCCUCCAGGCGGCCCUCUGUUAAGGAAAUCUCAGAGAAACUGACUAUCUUUUCCAAGUUGUGGUCUGAAACUGAAACUAAGAAGUCCCCUGAAUAAGAAACUGGAAGAGGCGAAAGCUGGGCAUCUGUCUCUCUCCUAUCCUAAGCAUGAAGUUAUUCAUGGGUUUAGGGAGGCAGCCCUUCUCUGUUACAAAGAGAAAACAGUCCAGUCCUGCAGAGCACAUCCCCCUCUAAACGAUACUGUCAAAAAUAUGUCUCUGAUAACUGUGAUAGAUGUUUCACAAACAGAGGGAGACAUUUUAUCUCUCUCUGUAUGGACACCUCUUAGCACUGUGACUUUGCAGCUUCUCCCAUGGCAAAAUGGAAUCUACACAUGAAACUAAUAUGUCAUGGUAUGUCAAUUAUAUUUCAAUUGAAAAGAAAUACUCUCUCUUACAAACUAAAAGGUUUAUAGAUGAUGCAAUGAUAUAUCUGGGGUUUAAUUUUAAACAAUCCAGGUGGGAAAGGGAAAUAAUUAUUGUUAAAGAAAAAAGUAAAAUAAGAUUAGCCAUGAGUUGCUAACUACUGAAUCUGGAUGAUGGGUACAUAGUGGUUCAUGUAGUCUUCUCUUCUGAAUAUGCUUAAAACUUUCCACAUAAAAUGAUUCUUUGAAAGGGGGGGAAAAUAAAACUAACUUCUCCACUACUUGAAUCUAGGCUAGUAUUGUGAGUGGCUUUGGCCAAUAAAAUGCAGAAGUGAUGGUGUGCCCAUUCCAAGCCAAGGCUUCAAGAGGCCUUAUACAUUUCCACUGCCUCUCCUGGAACCCUACCCAGACAUGAACUGGGGUACUGUGCUGGAGAAUAAGAGAUCCAUAAAGCAGGGACAACUGAACCCAGUUGGCCCAGUCACAUGAGUGAGGCCAGUCAACACCAGAAGAACCACACAGCUGAACCAGACCAAACUGUCCCUUUAGCCCUCACCAGUUUGGCUCAGUGGCUAGAGCAUUGACCUGCAGAUUGAAGGGUCCUGGGUUCAAUUCCGGUAGAGGGAGCAUGCCCAGGUUGCAGGUCCGGGUAGGGGGUAUGCAGGAGGCAGCCAAUCUGAUUCUCAUCAAUGAUGUUUCUCUCUCUCCCUUCCUCUCUGAAAUCAAUAAAAAUAUUUUGUUUUUUAAAACUGCCCAUUCACAAAAUUAUGACCUAAAUAAAUUAUUGUUGUCUUAA